UUUUCAUUACAAAUUUACGGGUUCUUUGAUAUGGGUAGCUUUGUCUUUUUUCAAUUUUGCUGGUUCUUGAUGUGGGUUUGGAUUUCUAUUUGAUUUGCCAAGAAAAGCAGAAGCAGUGGAGAAUUACAAGUUGUCUGCACUUAAACAUGGACUUGAAGAAGCGGAGUUGAGGGCAUCCUGGCUGAGGGAUAGAGAGCUCAGCCAUCAGCUAGCAGCGUUUGAAACUCGAGAAGCUUCAAGGGGCGGAAAUGGUCCUAGAUAUGUAUGCUGGUCGUCACAGUGGCUUGGCGGCCUGGAAUAUGUGGGCGCUCCAGACUUGAAACAGAACAAACAACAGCGGUCGAAUGAGGCACCGGUUUGGAGAACAUUCUCAAGGCAUCUCAGCUUGAGAUUAUUAUUGAGUUGCAUUGAUGAAAGUCUUAAGAUACCUGAAAUUCACUGGGGUGACCAGCAGUGGGGGAGCCCUGGUUGGCGUUGGCGGAGCAGAGUGGUCGAAAGCCGGAGAAGAAACAUUCUCAUUCCGCAAUCAUGGUGCGAAGCAAGAAUGCCGAAAAUCAACCAAUCCGUCGUUCAAGCACGAGAAAUCAAGAAGCGGCGAAUCCACCCUUACCGGCCGUGGGAAGGGGACGUACUAAAACAACCGCUCCAUCCUCAUCUCGGGUUAACACCUCGGCGAUAUUGACUACUCGCUAUAACGCACCUUUCCAAAUCCAUACGGAGGAGGAAGGUGAUUUAUAUUUGAGUAUCAAAGAAAGGGAAAUGGUAAUUCCAUUUCAAAUCGAUUUUGAUGAUAUGGAAAGCCUUGGCAUCAAGGAUGAGGUGGAGCGCUAUUUGGAUAUUUUGGGGUUAUUGGCAUUAUCAAAGGUUAGUCAUCACUCUUACGAUGAAAUUACUCGUGAAUUCUUCUCUACUCUCAAACCGGUUAGCGGUUCUCCUACAUCUAUUUCUUUCCGCAUCAACAACACUAGCCAUACACUUAGUGUUGAAGAUUUGGUGGAAAUGUUUGGAAUGAGGGGAACGGGGUUGAUGGAUUGGGAUCAAAAUUUUGAUCAAGUGGAGAUAUGGAGAGAAUUGACGGAUCAUGAUGAUUAUCGGACAAGGGGAUCCAAAAUUAAUGAAAUCAAAGACAUAGCUAUUGUGGUGUUUUUGAAGUGGUUUGGGCACUCGUUUGGCGGGCGUAGUGAAUAUUCGAAGGUGGCCAAGAGUGAUCUUUUAGCUUUGAAUGCUAUUUUGCAUCCGGAGAUAGAAGCCUACCAAGUCAACACGGCGUAUCGUCUUUUGAAGCGAUUGAGGGAAGUUCCAACCGAAUUAUCCAAGAUUGGCUAUGGUUUCAUUAUUCGUGCUUUGGCCGAGAAAUACAAUUGUAUGCCUACGGCGUCUACUUUGGCAACUUUUGAGACCAUUCUAGCACGGUCUCUUAAUAUCAACCAUUUGGAUGUUGCCGGGUUUGUGAAGAAGGGAAGAGUUAUUCCCUAUAAUAGAAGGGUACGAUUGGUGGCACGAACACGACGAGAAGCGGUAGCACGGGAAGAAGAAGGAGGAGAAGGAAGAAGAGCGGGGAAGGAACCCGCGGGAACUUCUCAAGCCGGAGAAGCGGCUCAUGUUUCCGUGUUUGACCAACGGUUUUCUGAGUUGGUUGAGCAAAACCGGACCGGAUGGGAGCAAAACCGGGUUGGUUGGGAAACUAACCAAAAAUUACUUGAAGAUAUCCGACGUGAACAACAUGUUGGUCUUGCACAACUACAAUGGAGGCAAGAUCGAAUGCGAGCUCGACUUAAUCGGCAAGAGGAUUUUCUUCGGGGUUAUUUUAAUGCCGCCGGCGGAGAGCGUUAUCCAUCACCGGAACCAUCACCGGAUCCACCGGCCUUUGACUAGAGCGAGAUUUGUUUUUCUAAACCCAAACUCUUUUCAAUUUUCUAUUUUUAUUUCUUAUUUCUUAGCUUUGGGGACAUAGCUAGAAAUAGUGUGAGGAGGGGGGAAGAAAAAUUUAUUUUUCGUUUGGGUUAUUUUUCGGUGAUUUAUCUUUAUUUUCAGUUUUAGUUUAUUUUUAUUAGGGUGUUAUUUUCUUUUUAGUAGAUUGUAUUAGGUGUUAAAUUAGUUUAUUUCAAGGUCUUGUAUCGCUUUAAAUCUUUGUCUUUUAAAUAUGAAAGUGUUAGUUGAUUUGGUGUGUAUCUUAAUUAAUUUGUCAAUCUUAGAUUUCCCCAAAUCAAUGAAUGUAUGAACGCGAUUUCUUAAUUCGACAAUUGAUAAGCGAUGCUUGCUUAAUGACUUAAUAAUUCGUUGACAUAAUCCGAUGAAAUAAGGGUGAAUUCAAAAUUUAGACUUGUUCAAAUCAUUGAAACAUAAUUGAAUAACUUGAUGCGGAUUCAUGACAUGUUGAUUGUUUAUUUUUAUAGUCGUUUUUAACUUUUGGCAUAAGUAGCAUAAUUUUUGUAGGAAUUGAGUUUAUGGCAUAACACUACACACUUUUGAGAGUUUUGAGCUUAAUUUUCUUGUUGUGAGUGUUGAUUUCAUGUUUUAUUCCUAGAACUUGCUCGGUGUCCGUUUAAAGUUACACGAUUGAGUUUUCAACAAUUAGAUGAUUAUGGCAAUUAGGUAUAUCCCUUUCUUUUAGACCACUUAAAUAGACUACCCUUUAUCCCUUAGAUUACACCAAUUUAAGCCUUAAACUUUUUUAUUGUUUUUACCGUAUUUUACCCUUUACCGUUCUAUGCUUUACCUCUUUUGUUUACCUUAUCGACUUUAUAUAUUAUUUGUUAUGACUAUGAUAAAUAUAGGUGAUUAAUAACUCGAGAUUAGUGAAAAGAGAAAGUGAACUACAUUGUGCUUAAAAGAUUAAGAUUGCGCCUUGGAAAAAAGAUAAAAAAAAAAAAAAAAAAAAAAGAUAAAAAUUUGCAAGCAAAAGCUUCAAAAGAAAAAAAAAUUCUGAGAUUGCAAAAAGCAAUGAGGAGAGCGUAAUUCAAAAAAAAAAGAAAGUUAUGAGUUCAUAUAAAUGCAAAACCGGAGUUAGAUCAACCUAGAAGUUAAUAGUAGUAAUAAAUAGUGUAUUAAGUUGAUAAUUAGCCUUUGUUUAACCUUUUUACCUACCCUUUACCUUAGCCACAUUACAACCCAAUAAAAGACCAUAUGAUUUUUGUUGAUUACCGAAUCAAGUAGCGGAGUCCGGGACUAUGAGCAAGCUUAUGGUGAGUAUUCAUGUUUUCAAUUGUGAGCUUUCUUUGUUAUAUACCCUACUUGUUGAAAUAUUGAUGCCAUUAGCUUAGUUUUUACUAAAUUGUGCUAUGAUUUGCCUAAGUGAGAAAUUGAUUAUUUUCCAUGUCCCGCAAGUGAUAGUGAAGCUUGAAGUGUGAUUCAAUUUGACCUUGUACUAAUGAGUUAGUAACCGUUGUUAUAUUGAAUUAUGUCAUAAAAUUAUUAUUGUUAUUUGAUUGCAUCAUUAUUUAGUUGUCGGUUUUAGAAGGUUGUUUUUCAUAUUAUUCAUAGGGUCGGGGAUUUCUUUGAUUGAUUUAUUGUUAAGUUAUAUGCUAAGGAUUUCUAACAUAUUUUGUAGAGUAAGAUUUAUUUCUUGCUUGAGGACAAGCAAAGGUUAAGUGUGAGGAGGUUUGAUAGGAGUAUUUUACUCCUAUAAUUAGGGUCGAUUUUACUCGGUUUUCAUCAUGUGUAGUAUUGUUUUUAUACAUUAUUUGGCGUUUUUACGUUUAAUAGUGUUUGUUAGUGUUUCAGUGGAAAUUAGGUGAAAAACGACUAUUUGGGGCAAAUUUAUGGUGGAUUGCGUGUACGAGUAAAAAGCGUAGCUUGCGGACGAAGAAAUUGAAGAUUCACGAACGAGAUUGAGAAAAAUAGGUUGUUCCCGUUUGAAACAAGGUUUCUCGAACGGGAACCAUGCAGAAUGAGCAUGAGUCUCGAACGAGAAGGCCUUGUCUCGUUCGGGACUCAAGAAGGAAUCAACAUCUCAAAGCUCUCGGUUUAAGUUUUUUCGAACGUGAACGAGGCUCCCGUUCGGGAACCAUGUUAAAAUUGGGCAUGUCACGAACGGAACUAUGGUUUCCCGAACGGGAAAGAAGAAAAUUACGCGUGCAGCAGACUUUGAAUUGGACUGAAAUUCCUCCUCAAAUUACAAUUACAAUUCCUAUUACAAAUUGAUUUGUAAUACGAAUUAGAAGACUCCGGAACUUCUCCUACUAUAUAAAGACCUUGUACUAGACUCAA